AAGCAGGCACAAACAAAACCUAGUUCGAGAAAGACCUAAAACUUCUCUGAAGCGAGAGAGAGAGAGUUUUCACUUCUCUCUGAGUCUUCUUCAGUGUCGUUUGCAGUUAGGGCAAUUGGAAAAACGAAAGGCGAAGGAAGAUGUCGUUGCGGGUGCUGAACCCAAAUGCAGAGGUUCUCAACAAAUCGGCGGCUUUGCACAUGAACAUCAACGCCGCCAAGGGCUUAAUGGACGUUCUCAAGAGCAAUCUCGGUCCCAAGGGCACAAUCAAGAUGCUUGUUGGAGGAGCCGGAGAUAUCAAGCUCACCAAAGAUGGUAACACUCUUCUCAAAGAAAUGCAAAUUCAAAACCCAACAGCAAUAAUGAUUGCAAGGACGGCUGUUGCUCAAGAUGAUAUAAGUGGAGAUGGCACUACUUCAACUGUGAUCUUCAUUGGCGAGCUUAUGAAACAGUCGGAGCGAUACAUUGAUGAAGGGAUGCAUCCGCGUGUCCUGGUUGAUGGUCUUGAGAUUGCCAAAAGAGCAACUCUCCAGUUCCUUGAGAAAUUUAAGACUCCCGUGGUGAUGGGUGAUGAACCAGAUAAAGAGAUUCUGAAAAUGGUUGCAAGAACAACCCUAAGAACAAAGCUUUAUGAAAAAUUGGCAGAUCAGUUGACUGACAUAGUUGUUAGUGCGCUUCUUUGCAUUUGCAAGCCUGAGGAACCAAUUGAUUUGUUUAUGGUAGAGAUUAUGCAUAUGCGCCAUAAAUUUGAUGUCGACACACGCUUGGUUGAGGGUCUUGUCCUUGACCAUGGUUCUAGGCAUCCUGAUAUGAAGCGACGAGCAGAGAAUUGCUAUAUAAUGACGUUGAAUGUAUCGUUGGAGUAUGAGAAAAGUGAAAUAAAUGCGGGCUUUUUCUACUCCAAUGCUGAGCAGAGAGAGGCGAUGGUUACAGCUGAGAGGCGUUCAGUUGAUGAAAGAGUUAGAAAAAUAAUUGAAUUGAAAAAUAAGGUUUGUUCUGGUAAUGGCAAUAACUUUGUUGUCAUUAAUCAAAAGGGAAUUGAUGCACCGUCAUUGGACGUUCUUGCAAGGGCAGGGAUUAUCGCCCUCCGAAGAGCAAAGAGGAGAAAUAUGGAACGGUUGGUUUUGGCUUGUGGGGGAGAAGCUCUAAACUCUGUGGAUGAUCUUACUCCUGAUUGUCUUGGUUGGGCCGGACUGGUCUAUGAGCAUGUCCUUGGCGAAGAGAAAUAUACAUUCGUGGAAAAUGUGAAGAACCCUCAUUCUUGUACAAUUUUAAUCAAAGGGCCUAAUGACCAUACGAUUGCCCAAAUUAAGGAUGCUGUCCGUGAUGGAUUGAGGGCUGUUAAAAAUACAAUUGAAGAUGAAUCUGUGAUCUUGGGGGCUGGAGCUUUUGAAGUUGCAGCUAGACAAUAUCUAGUAAAUGAAGUGAAAAAAACUGUUCAAGGGAGAGCACAACUUGGAGUCGAAGCUUUUGCUGAUGCCCUCCUUGUGAUACCCAAGACGCUUGCCGAGAACUCCGGUCUUGACACACAAGAUGUUAUCAUUGCUCUUACGGGAGAGCAUGAUAGGGGGAACAUUGUGGGUUUGAACCAGAACACAGGAGAACCGAUUGACCCUCAGAUGGAGGGUAUUUUUGACAACUACUCAGUGAAGCGCCAAAUUAUAAAUUCUGGGCCUGUAAUUGCAUCUCAGUUGCUGUUGGUGGAUGAAGUAAUUCGCGCUGGGCGGAAUAUGAGAAAGCCAAAUUAAGCUUUGGGACAUCGGAUGCCCGUGUGGAGAUAUUCUAGUUUUGUUUCUUAGUGUGCUAUGAAUUAUGUCGAGCUACCUUGCUUCCUUGUAACAGAGGGCACUUUUUGUGUUGAGGACUUUUGUUAGAGAGAGAAGAUUUUGCAAAGUUUGGUACUAAUUUUUUCGUUAAGUUUCACAUUUUGUUCGUGGUAUCCUUAAAUAUGGUUUCCCUGGUGCUGUCCACAGUUCUCAUUUACACUACAAUUAAAUUCAUGAA